UCAACGCCCCAAUCUCUCUCUCUCUCUCUCUCUCUCUCAUCAAACAAAGUCAAAAUCUCUACCAUCUCCAAAGAAAACAAUGAAGCUCAAAGAAAUUGAGAAAUGGCCAUCAUCGCCCUCGGGCCUGUCAAUGAACAGCGGCAGCCCUAGACGGUCGCUGAGCUUCCUGAGAGAGAGGAGAGCUACGGUCUCGAUAUCGGAUCCGGAGGAGAAAGCUAACGGGUUCGCCCGACAACACGGACCCAAACCCUCUGAGGUUUAUGGGUUCGUCGGCUCAAUCACCACCGUUAUCGCCACCGUGAUCUACUUGGUGUGGGCUUAUACUCCUGAGCCGUGGCUACAUUCUGUAGGGAUCACUUAUUACCCAAACAAAUAUUGGGCAUUGGCAAUUCCAGCUUUUGCUAUGGUUAGUGUGGUUCUCGGGAUGGUUUUUUACUUGGGAUUGAAUUUUAUGGUCACCCCGCCUCCAACUUCCUAUUAUACAAUGUUCGAUGAACAUAGUCGAGAGCGAUCCGUGUUAGUGUCCUCCGUAGAAGGAGAAGAACAUCCAAUCGAACCCAUUUCUGACAUUGGCAUUGAUCAAAUAAACAAUCAAAUGUUUGGCAAAGCAUUAUAAUCUGCUAUCGAGUGGGAGAUAUUUAAGCACUGCGAUACAAUCUGUUCGUAUUGAUUCAACCGUGUUGAUGAAAAUUCAACUCAACAUCUUUUACUAAAGGAACACAGUUGCAAUGCAGAUCAAAAUGGUACAUGAUGUAUGUUGUUGCUGCUCUUCUGUGAGAAUUCUGGGUCGAUUAUAUAUCUACUGUAGAGUUUUAUUGGAA